AUGCAUGGAGAAAAUUUACAUAAGGGAACUUGGCUUCAAGAGGAAGAUGAACAAUUGAUUAGCUUUGUGACUCGUCUUGGGGAACGAAGGUGGGAUUCCCUUGCCAAAGUAGCUGGGCUAAGGAGAAGUGGUAAAAGCUGUCGGUUAAGGUGGUUGAACUAUCUUCGUCCAAAUCUCAAGCAUGGCCCGUUUAGUGUUGAAGAAGAGAAGCUUAUUGUUCAACUUCAGCUUCAAUGGGGCAACAAGUGGUCCAAGAUCGCGCGCAGGCUUCCAGGAAGAACAGACAAUGAAAUCAAGAACUAUUGGAGAACUCAUUUGCAGAAAGGAGUACAAGUUCAACAAAAAGGUGAGUUAGUUUAUAAAGAAGAAAAUGUAGGUCAUGAUUUGAACAAGAAAAGCAUUGUUGAGGGUAUGGAAAGCUGUAUAGAUAGUUCUCCUUUAUCAGAUUGGGGAAUGAGGAAUUCACCUUAUCAUGAAAGUAGGAUAUUGGAUUGGAUAGCAGAAUUGCAAAAUGGAUUUGGUGAUAAGGAAAAGGAAUUAGGACAAGAAUGUAAUAGCAAUGAAUCAAUGUAUGAAUAUAAUCCCCAUCAAGAAUAUUAUGAUACAUGGGAUUAUUCAGGUUUUCUAUGGGACUUGUGA